UUUUAAAAAAAAAAUACUGGUAAAAAUAUAAUUAAUUUUUAUAAUAUUACAAAACAUCCUAAAGGCAUAACGAAAAGUAUAAUAAGAAGGAUUCUUCAAUAAUAAUUUAUCAUGUUUCCUUUGCCUCCUCCUUACAAGUUCGACGAGGAAACAUCUCACACCAAAGGGUCAUACACGUUUUACAAAUCUUUCCGUUAUGCGACUGACCCCUCCCUUGCAAAUUUCGAUAAAAGUGAUGUCGACCAAAAAGGGACUACCCCUAAAACGGAAGAUAUUUCGAAUCAAUUUAGGAGGAUACGGGUCAAGGAAUACCUAUUCCUAUCUCUACAACCAUCUAAGGAUCAUAAAAUUGAGUCUAGAGCCGAUUCUAGUGGGACCUACUUAAUCCAGUUACAACUGUUAUGGAAAUGUCGCGACACUCAAUAUCACCCCAAAGUCAACCCCUUAAACGAUGCGGCUGAUAAUAAUAUUAAUAAAACAACGGGGAAUGCGGAUGACGUUGUUAACCCCGAUCUUAAAUGUGUUAAAAAAAGGGGUAGACCUAGAAAAGAACAGAACACCUCCGAGAAUAUGAAAGAUACACUAGAUCACGUUUCUAAUGAAAAUUUUGAAACUACGGAUAAAAUUUUAAAGAACAUUAAAGAUGUUAAAGACAGGGUAGGGUGUUUCGCUAGCCUGAAAUUAUAUAUGUUACCUCAACAUUUGCCUAGGUCUCAAGAUCCCGAUAGCCAUUUUGGCGAAGAUGAACUUAUUCAACUAUCCCGCAAUAUAAUUUUACCGUUUGAUCAGUUUAUCGAAGGAAUUCAAAAUUACAACAAAAUAUAUGUAGCUUCGAAUAACAAAAUUGUUCCACAAACUCAUAACCCUUAUCUAUCGCUAAAUCCUUUCCAUCACAAUUAUACUCCAUUAAACGACCAUAAUUAUAAGGACAUUACUAUCACUGACCACAAUGGAGCUGGUGAUAGGGAUUUAAAUAGUCUAUUUUAUGGAAAACUAUGCAUUUUGAGUUAUCCUGCCUACAUUCGAUGCAAAUCUCAAAUCAAGAGACUUGAAACGAUCGAAAAAUUUACAUGCCUUCGUAGUUUAGCUGAACAGGAACGGGUUGGUAAUAUUGACGUCCAGUUAACAAGAGAUAUUCGAUAUAUGUUUUGCAAGACCGUUUUUGGCGAUGAAGAUGAAAGCUUUUUCAAUUCAUUAAAUUUGAGAUCUUAUAGUGGUCCCAUAUUCAGGGGCAGACCCAAAAAAGAAAAGCCCGCAGAUGAUCAAGAAACUUCAAAAAAUUCUCCAUUACAUGAUGGCAAACCAACGUCCGUAUUGUUUAAAAGUCCGCCGAUUAGCCCAUCCUUGAAACAAUAUCUCAAGAACUUUUCUAAAAAAAAUAGUUACCUACGGCUCGCUAAAUUGAACAAAAGAUAUUACAAGAAACAUAAGCUCAAUAUAACCAAUAAUGAUAAUGUUAGGAUCAAUGGUUGGCCCAACUCCAGCUAUUCGGCAGCGUCGAAAUGCGCCUUAGACUAUCAUAUAAGACAGGCUAAACUUGAAUCAGAUUCUGAGAAGCUAAAUUUCUUUGAUAGUUUGAAAAAAUUUAUGUGCGAUAGAGGUACGCCACUCAAGAAAAUUCCCCAUUUAGGACCCUGCCCCGUCGAUUUGUAUCAAUUCUACAAGAUCGUUAAAAUUAAUGGUGGUUACAAAGAAGUAAGAAGUAGAAGGAUAUGGAAGAAGUUGUACAAUAAAAUGGGCGGAUUUACUCACAAUACGAGCGCGGCUACCAGCACUCGUAGACAUUAUGAAAAUCUAUUGCUGCCAUACGAAAUGUACGAACGGUCGUUGCUCAACCCACAAAAAUCAGUCAUCCCCUCGCUAACCACUCAAUGCUCAGUUACCCUUUCUCCGCACAAAAUAAAAGCUGAUCUAGAACAUGAUGGAACCUCUUAUGAUAACUACGAGAAUCGAAAUAACGAAAAUGAAGAUGUAUAUCAUAAAAAGAAAGAAUAUCAAGACCUUGCAGCGGAUAAGACCUUUAUCUUUAGCAGUAAUAUUAACUCAAAAGAUGGUUUGGUUCAGUCUAAUAAUCAUAGCUACGUUUAUAACUAUCAAAAUUUUGACAAUGAAGUUAAUGAGGUUAAAAUCGUUAAAAAACGAGGUAGGCCCAAAUUAUUGCCGCAUAACCCAAUAAAAAUCGCUCAAAAAAUUAAACCUUAUCAUACCUCUGUUUAUAAAUAUGAAAGCUGGGAUUAUUUCGGGAAUAAAAAGGAGGGUCAUCUCAAUUAUGAGAAAUUACACGGCGGCUCAACCAAUAGUGAAGAACGAAUUUCAGGCUUAAAUAAAGUUGAACGUGAUGCUAAAUCUAAUGAGACUAUUAACGAUAUGGCGAAAAUUAUUAAGGAAGAGUUUAAUGGCGACGAAUGCGAAAAAUUGAUGAGCUUUAACAUGUUUAAUACAAAAGAAACCGAUACAAAAUUAAUCGGAGAUGAUAGUUCUGAAUCUGCCGAAAGACUCGAUGGUAAUAUGGACACACAAACUAAAAGUGAGUUUUCCUCUCUAUGUCAUUCCCUUAAUCCGAAUAAAGCUAAUGCGCCCACCACUAAUGAUCAUACGAUUGAUAAAGAAGUUUCGCACCCCGAAUACAAUCGUAUGCAUCCGAAACAUGUCGAACAAUCCAAUUAUAUGACCGUUCCAAAAAUUAUUUCGCCAAUAACAUCUCUUUGCCGUGGAACCUUGUCUGACAAUCCACCAUAUUAUUCUAGCAGCACAAUUCAAAAAGGCUCCAAGAAACGGGGUAGACCGUUGGGUAGAAAAAAUGGAGUCCCCUUAGCUUCCGAAACAGCAUGCAAUAGUUUAAAUAGUUUUGCAAACUUUCCUAAAUCCAAAUCUAAUGAGAGUAAUGAGUCAUUACCUCACGAUUGUACCAAAAACGAAUAUCAUGUCAGUAAAACGGAAAUAAUGGUUAGAAAAAGAGGAAGACCUCCUAAAUCAAUUUUCGCUCGUUCAAAUAUCGACGCUGCAAAACUCGGUCCAAAUGAAGAUUUUGACAUUAUAAAUAAUUAUGUCGAUGACAAAAAUUAUAAUAAGUUAUUUGAAGCAAUGAUAAAAAAUCAAGAUUUGUUAACUGAAUUUCCACUGUCUCACUUCGAUGAUAAAGAGUAUCCUUCCAAUGGUGCAUAUCAUUUAAGAAAAAAGAACCAUUGCGAUCGUAACGAUGAAUCAAUGACAAAAUUGGAGAAUGACCAUAAUACUAGUCAGGGACAAUCUUUACAUUUUUAUGACAAUGGUUAUCCAUCCACAAACACUCCUCCCCUAUCCAAAACUUUACAUAUCUAUAAUCCAAUAAAUAAUUGUCACACCGCCUAUAAUAAUCCAGUCUAUAUGGUAUCACCUAAAGCUUGGUCUCCCUCUUGUAGACCGUCUAUCCCACCUUUCUUCCCCCCUCCUCUUAUUCAAUCCCAUAUGCCCCUUUCUCCGCCAAUAUUCCCGGAAACCUUUCCGCCCUUUCUCUCAUUACCCAGUAAUCAUAAACAAUUAUUUGCUGCGUUCGAACGUUUCAUUAUGAGACAAAAUCCAUGCCUUUUAGACGCUAAAAAUGUGCACCAAUGUAACGAGGAAAUUGGUGCCAAGGUAAACAAUGAACCUAAUUUUUAUAUGAAUAUGGACUAUGUCGAUCGAAAAAACGGUGACAUUAAUUAUGACCGUGAAAAGGCAAUUAAACACUGUAAAUUGGAUAAAAAUCUUAAUGAGAAUGAAAAUAAAAUUAAUUUGGUAAAAAGUCCACCCGACAAGUAUGAAAAACUGUCUUACUAUCCACCAUUUUCUUUAUCAUCGUUUCCUAAUCAUGUUAGUCCAGUACGCCUAAAUGGAUCAACCCGUAGAACCUAUCAUUAUCAUCCGCUAAAAAAAUCGCAAGAUCAUAAAAUUACGCAAUGCGGAAAAGAAACCAACUAUGAUGAAACGUAUGAGAAGAUGGACAAUCAUAAAUUUAAUUUUGAUGAAAGCGAGCGAGAUGUACAUAUCGAAAGAGAUUUUCCUGCUUUGAGCGGUGUUAGUCGUCCAAAUUUUUACAACCAUUUUGAGGACCCAAAAUUGGGUACGUUUUCGAAAAGAUUACUCAAAUUUGAGGGAAAUAACAGAUGCCAAAAAAUAUAUUCGCCAACAUUUGAUUUGAGCGAUGAAAAACUUAAUUUUCCGCCUUUCGCAUAUAAUCCUUUAUCAAAUCGUUGUCUCGCAAAUGAGAAAAGUUUCAUCUCAGGUUUUGAGACGAACAAAACUUUAAAUUCUACUCGCCAAUUACUUUCCGAUGAAAUUGAGGGAGGUUUUGGUGAUCAUCCAAGAUCCGAAGUGAUUAUGGACAGAGAUGAAAAAUUUAAACUCGCUUUGAAGGCCUAUAGAUAUGCUAUGGAAAAACAUUAUGAAGCUUAUAUGGAUCUAUGGAAAAUGAAAGAAAAUUGAGGUUUAUGUUCUAUAUUCCCAUUGAACAAACAUACAAUUGAGCUAAAACGACGGCCAAUUAUAAAAAAAAUAUUAACUUGAAACCAAGCUCAAAUCCCGAGAUUUCCAAUAAAAUAUUUAAUUCCAAUCGCACACAAAAAAAAAAUGAAAUUAGCCUGAACGAUACCAAAUUGAACGUUUUAUUUAUUUAUUUAAGUUUUUUUUCCUUCAUUUUAUUUUUAAAUGUAAUAUAUAAUUGUAUAUAUAUAAAAAAAUCUAAUAUAUUAAUGUCGAUUAUCGACUCG